UGGGCGAUGACGCGACCUCGGAAAGCUUCCUGUGUGAUUGUGGGUCCCGGUCCAUGGAAUCGCAGUGGUGAUCACCGGCAUGGAAGACGCGAGUGAGCGGAGCCCUCUGCUGGGCGGUAGAGCCGAUUCUUCUCCUCCGCCUGGCAACGUGUUCGCCGGGCGCCGCUUGGCCUGUGCCGCGGUGCUGCUGUCCGAGCUGCUGGAGAGAGUGGCCUUCUAUGGGAUCACGUCCAACCUGGUGCUGUUCCUUAAUGGCCCUGUGUACAACUGGGAGGGCACCCAGGCCAGCCAGGCGCUGCUGCUCUUCAUGGGCAUCACUUACCUGGUGUCCCCGUUCGCGGGGUGGCUGGCGGAUGCCCUGAUCGGCCGCUUCUGUACCAUCCUGCUCAGCAUGGUGCUGUACCUGGUGGGCAUGCUGCUCUUCCCGUUGGUCACGUACCCGGUCACCCGGACUAGUUUCUGUGGGGACAUCCCUAUGAGUGAUUUGGAGAACUGCACUACCCCCAAUGCCACAGUCAAUGGAUCUGACGCCCAGUGCCAUGAGCGGACUGCCAGAUACUGCUUCACCCCCAUAUUCCUAGGACUGGUGGUCGUGGGGCUGGGGGUGGGCUCUGUCAAGGCGAACAUCACUCCAUUUGGAGCGGACCAGGUCAAAGAUCGAGGGCCAGAGGCAACGCGUCGAUUUUUCAAUUGGUUCUACUGGAGCAUUAACCUGGGAGCAAUCAUCUCACUUGGUGGGAUUGCCUAUGUGCAGCAGAACAUCGGGUUCCUCACUGGAUAUAUCAUCCCUGCCGCCUGCAUUGGUGUUUCCUUUUUGGUCUUCAUGUGUGGACAGACUGUCUUUGUUACCAAGCCAGCGGAUGGCAGUGCCUUUACUGACCUGUUCAAGGUCCUGAGCUACUCCUGCUGUACAAGGAAGCCAGAAAACCAGAGACUGCAGAACAAUGGUUCACAGAGGCACAACCAAAACAUUUUGGACAUGUCCAAGGCUUCCCGAGGUGGACCAUUCAGAGAUGAUAAAGUGGAAGAUGUGAAGGCACUUGUAAAGAUAAUUCCAGUCUUCUUGGCACUUAUUCCUUACUGGACAGUGUAUUUUCAGAUGCAAACUACAUAUGUUCUUCAGAGCCUGCAUUUGAGAAUCCCACAGAUAUUUAACGGUGGAACUCACACUUUUCCAGCUGCCUGGCUUACUAUGUUUGAUGCAGUGCUCAUUUUGAUCCUCAUACCACUGAAAGAUAAGUUGGUGGACCCAGCCUUGAAACGAAAGGGCUUAUUGCCCUCAUCGCUCAAGAGAAUCGCUGUUGGAAUGUUUUUUGUGACUUGCUCUGUAUUAGCUGCAGGUAUAUUGGAAAGUAAGAGACUGGCCAUUGUCAGAAGCCAGAUAUACCCCCAGAGGAUCGGCAAUGUCAUUUAUUAUGCCGCUGAUCUCCCCAUAUGGUGGCAGCUGCCGCAGUAUCUGCUGAUUGGUGUCAGUGAAAUCUUUGCAAGUAUAGCAGGGCUAGAGUUUGCAUACUCAGCGGCGCCUAAAUCCAUGCAGAGCGCCAUUAUGGGACUUUUCUUCUUUUUUUCUGGUAUUGGAUCAUUUGUAGGCUCUGGGCUCCUGGCCCUGGUCUCACUGCCUUCAAUCGGAUGGAUGAGCAGUCAUACAGAUCUAGGAAACAUCAAUGAAUGCCACUUGAACUAUUACUUCUUCCUCCUUGCUGCUAUCCAGGCAGCAACCCUCCUUCUUUUUCUCAUAAUUUCUGUGAAAUAUGAGCGCCAGCAGACUAGAGCGAAUGGCAGACUCUAGCAGUAUGUGCUGAACUAGGUGGAACUGAGGUUGGAGCACUUGUGGUAUGGGCGGCUUGACGGAAAGGAGUGCCUGCAGAAGUCCUCCAAGUCCAUCUUCAGCGUACAGAACUUCAAGUGCUCUUCUAAUAAGUAGACUUUUAUUUUAAAGGUCACUUACCUUGCACUACUCCUAUUCUGCAGGACUGAUCUAAGCCUCUGAUGCACUGAAAAUGUUGGUAGGUCGGCAGGUAGCUCUCCUGUGGGCUGCGCUGACAUUUACCUACCUGGUCUCUUGAGUUCUUAGUGGCUAGCUUAUGGAUCUUAUUUUGUCUCCUAUAAUGUAAUGUGAAAGAUAAAGGGUGAUACUGAUGACUUCAUCCACUUCUAAUCAUUGAGGUGAUCAUGACCUCCUACUUUUAUUUAAAAUUCCCUUUCUUAUUCAAAUUUUUAUUUUAUUUUAAUUCGUUCUAGCCUAAUAAUAGCUCCUAUAGUUAAAGGGGUUUUCUGAGACUUUUAACUGUUUACUUAUCCUCAGGAUAUCUGAUCAGUCGGACCCCCGCUGAUCAGCUGUUUAAGAAGGCCACAGCACCAGUGCCUGAUUGGCCAGGGUUCUGGGUGCUGGGCCCCCACCGAUCAGAUAUAGGUCAUCAGUUAAAGUCUUGGAAAACCCCUUUAAGUUGUAUACAAUUAGAUAUACUGGUCUGCUUUUUUUGCACAUACAGUGCCACCCAGGUGCAGGGGUUGCAUCAGGUAUUGUAGCAAAGACCCAACUGUACUAUAACAUCUUAAAGAGGUUUUCCUAUCUUAGGUUGGCCUUCUCCAGCGUGGGUGCAGCUGGCAGAGGUGGUCAGCACAACACAGAUAGCUGAGCAGGCUAUGCAGUUUCCGUAACUCCUGUUCAUUUGUAUUAGAGCUAUGUUAACAGCAUAUCGCAGCCCGAUCAGCCAUUUCCUUAGUGACCACCUCCACCCACUGCAUCCAGGCCAGAGAGGUCAUCCUGACAUAGGUAUACCCCUUUAACUGAUCAAUCAAGAUUGCUUGAGUGUCGAUGAUGGCUGUGGGGAUAAAGUUUUUAUGUAGCUGAAUAUAUAUAUAUAUAUAUCUAUA